AUGUCUGGAGAUGAUGGGAAACUCCUUAAAACCCAUAACAUUUGUUUAAAUGCAGCUACAACCAGCACAUCUACAGCGGGACAACCUACAAAAAAGGAGGAGACUAAAAUAAAAUACACAAAUACAAACUUGAAUAAGUUAUUCUCAAAACCAUAUACUCCUCAAAAUACCCAGAAAGAUAUAUUCAUACCACCACAAGUAAAUACCUACAAAGCCAGCCUAGAUUCAGAUAAACAAACAUAUAACCACAUUACCAGAAUGUAUAUAGAAAACAUAUACAAAGUACAGACUUUUCUAAACAAAAACCCUAAAGCCAAAAAUACGAGAAACCCUGAACAAGACUACAUAACCCAACAUCUACAAGGAUACAAUAAACUAAUUGCACAACCAGGAACGAAUCCAAACCUAGUAGCAACUUGCUACAAUUACGGACUUAUAAGCACAGUAUAUACUAUUACAGGAGACAAAGUAGCUAAAAUACCUGAGCUACAUAAGGCAUUUCUGCAAUAUAAAAGACUAACAAAAGGAACUUUAUUUUAUAUAAAGUUCUACUCAGCAACAGCAGAGAUACUAUAUGAAGAAAUUAAACCUACAAUACAAGUUAUUAAGAUAGGUUUAACUAGAGAUAUGAUAAUACCAGAAAAAAUAGAUACACAAGAAGAGAUACAGAAGGUGGAUAUCCCAGACUCUCUCAAGAUUGGUAUGUACUCAUAUAUUCGAGGACAUAGUCUAUGUUUUUUUAGUUUCUUCUCUUAAGACUUAUUAUGUAUUUCUUUCUAUGUAAACAUACAUGACUCAAGAUAUUUAAGAUGUGUCUUUAUCUCGGCUUGUGACGACAAGAAU